AUGAGAACAACCACUGAGGAAGCAACCACAGUAACCAUGAAAACAACCACUGAAGAACCUACUACAGUCGCCAUGAAAACACUGACAGAAGAACAUACUAUAACAGAACCAACUACAAUAACCAUGAAAACAGCAACAAUGGAACCAACUACACUUGCCAUGAAAACAACUACAACAGAACCACCUACACUUGCCAUGAAAACAACUACAACAGAACCACCUACACUUGCCAUGAAAACAACUACAACAGAACCAACUACAGUUGCCAUGAAAACAACCACUGAAGAACCUACUACAGUUUCCAUGAAAACA